GCAGAAGGAGCGAAGCAAGGUGAUCUCAACAUAGUGAUCAUUAUUCUGCUGUCAGAGUGUCUCCGUGGGUGAAGCAGGGAAACAAAGACGGAGCUUUUCAUCAGGCGGAGGAUUCAAAAAGCUGUUUCGCUCCCGAAACUGACACGUGUCCUUCUUUCACUCUCAGACUGAGGGAACAUGAGUGAUUUGGCGGAAGAAGAGGACCGAAGUUGCCCGCCUCUGAAGAGAAAACACCCCAAACAUCAUCCUUGGGCUCUCAGCGAUCACCCCGGAGCCUGGGAUCUAAAACAGAGAGCAGCGUUUCCAGGAUCCGACUGUUUCUCCAUGAAGAGUGACAUUUCCAUAGAAGCCCCUCCAGACUUAAGGAAUCAAUCUGGACCCUCACACACAGAAGGUGGGCAGCACAGACAGAGAGCGGUGUCUCCAGUAUCCGACUGUUUGUCUAUGAAGAGUGACUCCUCCAGGAAAGACCCUCUAUACUUCAGUAAUAAACCCGGACCCUCACACACAAAACAGAGAGCGGCGUCUCCAGGAUCCGAUUAUUUCUCCAUGAGGAGUGACAUUUCCAGAGAUGCCCCUCCAGACUUAAGGAAUCAACCCGGACCCUCACACACAGAACAGAGAGCGGCGUCUCCAGGAUCCGAUUAUUUCUCCAUGAGGAGUGACAUUUCCAUAGAAGCCCCUCCAGACUUAAGGAAUCAACCCGGACCCUCACACACAGAAGGUGGGCAGCACAGACAGAGAGCGGUGUCUCCAGUAUCCGACUGGCUGUCUAUGAAGAGUGACAUAUCCAGAGAUGCCCCUCCAGACUUAAGGAAUCAACCCAGACCCUCACACACAGAGCAGUGCUUCACUUCAUGCGGGGACUGGUCUGCUUCAUCAAAGCUGUCCUCCUGGGACCACUCAGGAACCACAGCUGGAGUCCAGACAGCCAGUCAGAGCAGCUUGAUACCAAUUGAUGGUGGUUUGCAGAAGGUUUUAGAUGAUCAUAAGCUCAUACUGAAGAGGAAAUGUGAACAUGUGACUGAAGGAACUCAUGAAACCGAAGGAACCCUCCUCAACAGGAUCUACACUGAGCUCUACAUCACGGAGGGACGGCCUGAAGAUGUGAACACGCAGCAUGAGGUGAGGCAGCUGGAGUUACCUUCCAAGAUCAUCCCCGAGGACACUCCAAUCAAGUGCCACGAGAUCUUUAAAGCCUUACCUGACCAACAAACAGAUAUCCGAGUCGUUCUGACAAAUGGCAUCGCUGGAGUUGGGAAGACCUUCUCAGUUCAGAAGUUCACUCUGGACUGGGCAGAGGGCUUGGAAAACCAAGACAUUAAUGUGGUGGUUCUGCUCUCAUUCAGAGAGCUGAACCUGAUCAGAGAUGAGCAGUACAGUCUUCUGGAGCUGCUCCACGUUUUCCAUCCAAAAUUAGAGGUCACAGCGGAGAACCUGGACGUCUGUAAACUUUUGCUCAUCUUUGAUGGCCUGGAUGAAAGCAGACUUUCACUGGAUUUCACCAUAACAAAGGUCAUAUCAGACGUUACACAGAAGUCAUCAGUCUGCGAGCUGCUGACAAACCUCAUCGAGGGGAAUCUGCUUCACUCGGCUCUCGUCUGGAUAACUUCCAGACCUGCAGCAGCCAAUCUGAUCCCUUCUAGAUGUGUCGACAGGGUCACAGAAGUACGUGGAUUCACGGAUAAGCAGAAGGAGGAGUACUUCAGGAAGAGACUGAGUGAUGAAGAACGGUCCAGUAGAGUCAUCUCCCACAUCAAGUCAUCCAGGAGCCUCCACAUCAUGUGUAGUAUCCCAGUCUUCUGCUGGAUCACUGCUACAGUCCUUGAAGACAUGUUGACUACAGAGCAGAGGGAAGAGCUGCCCAAGACCCUGACGGAUAUGUACUCACACUUCCUUCUAGUUCAGACGAAGAGAAAGAAGCACAAAUAUCAUGAGGGACAAGAGAUGGCACAGGAGGUAGCAGAGGCUGAUCGGGAGGUUCUUCUGAAGCUGGGAAGGCUGGCAUACGAACAUUUGGAGAAAAGAAGCGUCAUGUUCUACCAAGAAGACCUGGAGGAGUGUGGUCUGGAUCCCGAUGAGGCCUUGGUGUAUUCAGGAGUUUGUACAGAAAUCUUCAAAAGAGAGUGUGUGCUCUUCGAGAAACCAGUCUACUGCUUUGUUCAUCUGAGCAUUCAGGAGUUUCUGGCUGCUGUUUACAUGUUUCACUGUUACACCAACAAGGACAUAGAGGUGAUGAAGCAAUUCCCGGGGACAAAGCGGGACAACAAAAACAGUGACAUAUCUCUGGAUGUCUUUCUGAGCAGAGUCAUGGACAAGUCCCUCAAAAGUAAAAAUGGCCACUUGGAUCUGUUUGUUCGCUUCCUUCAUGGCCUCACUCUGGAAUCCAACCAGAAAAUCUUAGGAAGUCUGCUGGGCAAGGCAGAGAUCACUCCAGAAAUCAUCCAGAGAACCGUUAACAGCCUCAAGGAGAAGAAAACAAAAAUCGCUCCCGACAGAAGCAUCAACAUCUUCCACUGCCUGAUAGAGAUGAACGACCUCUCGGUAUCUCAGGAGAUCCAAGAGUUCCUGAGGUCAGAGAACAGAUCAGAGAAGGAGCUCUCCGAGAUCCAGUGCUCAGCUCUGGCCUACAUGCUGCAGAUGUCAGAGGAGGUUCUGGAGGAGCUUGACUUGAAGAGGUACAAGACAUCACUGGAGGGACGACUGAGAUUGAUCCCAGCUGUGAGGAACUGCAGAAAAGCUCGACUCCCUGGCUGUGAGCUCUCAGAUACUCACUGUGAAGUCGUGGCCUCAGCUCUGAAGUCCAGACCCUCCCACCUGGUACAUCUGGACCUGAGUGAAAACUACCUGAAAGACUCAGGAAUGAAGCUGCUGACUGGUGGACUGAAAAGUCACAACUGUAAACUAGAGAGUCUGAAUUUGAGUUCAUGCAGGUUGUCAGAGACCAGCUGUGCUUCUCUGGUCUGUGCUCUCAUGCCCAACCCCUCCCAUCUGAGAGAGCUCGACCUGAAUGACAAUAAGCUGCAGGAUUCAGGAGUGAAGCUGCUUUGUGAUUUUCUGAAGAGUCCAGAUUGUCGACUGGAGGCUCUGAGGUUGCGGAGAUUCAGAUUGUCAUCAAUCAGUUGUAGUUAUCUGGUCUCUGCUCUCAAGUCCAACCCCUCCCAUCUGAGGGAGCUGGACCUGUCUGGAAACAACAAGCUGAAGGAUGAUGGUGUGGACUACCUGUGUGAUUUUCUGGGCAGUCCAGACUGCAGGCUGGAGAUUCUAAAGCUGUGGGAAUGCAGAUUGACGAGGUACAGCUGCUAUCCUCUGAUCUUAGCGUUGAAGUCGAACCCCUCCCAUUUGAGAGAGCUGGACAUGAGCAACAACUACUUGAAGGAUUAUGACGUGACCGCACUGAUUGCUGUUCAGAAGAAUCCAGACUACAGACUGGAGACGUUCAGGUGGGAGUCACCGAUGCGUAAGUGAACGUAUGUCCUCGUGUGCAGAGACGCUCUGAUUGUGGCCAUAUUGUUGGGACGUAGAUUGGAGGGGAGGCAUUCAUCCAGCAGCGAUGAUUGUCAGCGCUGCAGAGUGGACUGCACCAUUUUCAGAAACCAAACCUUCUACACAGGCUGCGAUACACUGGGAUCCUUUCUAAAGCUCCUUCAUUAACCCUCUUUGGAAAUCCAGUCUGGGAUCAAAUCCACCGUUUGUACAUUUCUUCAAAAGAAUAUUCAAAUCAAUUUUGUUUAUAUAACACCAAAUCGCAACAACAGUUGCCUCAUGGUGUUUUAUAUUGUAAGGUAAAGACCCUACAAUAAUACAAAGAGAACAGAGAAAACCCCAACAAUCUCAUGACCCCCUAUGAGCAAGCACUUUGGUGACAGUGGGAAGGAAACACUUCCUUUUAACAGGAAGAAACCUCCAGCAGAACCAGGCUCAGGGAGGGGCGGGGUCCCUGAACACUGUUGAUCUUGGCCUAUCUCCCACCAACAUAUAUAUGACUAUAUUUGUCAAUAAAUAAACUAUUAGCUGCACAAAUCCCGCCCAGUAACUCCGGUGCCCUAGUGACUCACUCUCUUCCUGAUUGGUGGCAUCAUUCAAAUCCCGCCCGGUAACAGCUGCAGGUCUCAGGGACGACUGGGUGACAUUAGACAGAUGAUGCGAUGAUUAGAGAUGUGAUUUUAUAGAAUGUGUUUGUUGCCGUUGUUUGCGUUUAGCUCAAUAAUAAUGAUGGUUGAUAAAUGUUCACUUAUUUCAUGGUCUGUGGCCUUUUAAAAACACAGAAAAAUCUGAUCUGACAAAACCUUUAACCUUAAACAAAUUUCCCACGCGUGGGACUAAUAAAGGUUAUCUUAUCUUAUCUUAUGUCAGGUGACCUGGCUGGGAUCGCAAACUAAAAUAAGCUUAAAAUACCAAAUCAGCCUGUUGUAUGUAGCGUGGUUCAAAACUGACAUAACCAGGUCACCUGUCUCAGCUCCGUUAAGGUGGACUGUCCUGUGGUGCUGUGAACUCAGCAGAGCACUAUAAUACACAAUGUUUACAAACACCAGUAUCAGUUUAUCAGAAACACCAGUAUCUGUACUUUUAAAUUAUUUGCCAUUUUUGCCUUUAUUGAAUAGUGAAGACAGACAGAAAGCAGAGAGAGAGACACACAACAAACGGCCACAGGUCAGACCUGAACCCGGGCCACUGCUUUCUGGCCACACGGCAUGUGAGCUAAACCAGCACCAAAGCAUCUGUACUUUCACUUUCACUGUUUUUUACUGUUAAAGAACAAAGUUAUCUGCACUCUCCCACCAGAGUAAAUUUAUUUUUGCAAUGUAAACAUAAUAAGAAAGAAAACAGUAAGCGUAGCAGCAGAAAUGUGCUCACAGUGCUGCAGUAUUUAACAGGAGCCACCUGUUAUAAAUGCCCAAAAGCUGGGUUGUAUGGAAGCUUGUUCCUGCCACAGUCAUAAUUCCAGUUUAUGGUUAGAGUUCAAAGUGUUUUUGUUGUCAGUUUAUAAUUUUCUCAGUGUUUCGCGUUUCGAGUCUGAGCCCAAACUGAACUGUAAUUUCAAGUUUGAUAAUAACCUGAAAAUUAGACUUACAGAUGGAAAAAAGGGAGGAAACAUGCGUCUUUUUUGUUGAUAUUGUUGUUGUUUUGUCUUUCACUGAUGUUAAAAUAACCGUUACCACAUAGUCACCUACUGACUGUGUUUUAUUGUAUUACCUCUGACAACUUGUUUUGUGUCUGUUUCUUGAUGCUCGUUUGUGCCUUCAAUACAAAAAUUUAAAAAUACAUGAGACAGCCCAGACUCAAUAACCCUCAUCCAGAAAUACAUUUUUCUAGACUAUUGAAUUCAGAUUAAUAGUGCAGAAACAGCAGAAAAGUGUGCAUGGACAUUAAAAAAAAAACCAUCAUCAGUAAAGAAAGAACAUCUGGUUGCUGUAGUUGGGUUUGGCUGCAAGAGAAAUCUGUUCUGAUUAUAUUUAAAACCAUUUUUGAUGACAUGCAUUAUUAUUGCUGUAAAAACGUGCACAAAAAGUCUCCUGUCAUCUUUCACCAACAUGGUGCUACAGACUAAAGUUAGAAACACAGCUUGCAUCCGAAGAGUGCUUGACCAGCAGCAGAGGCAGCUAGUCCUGUUUGAUGAGGUGAUGGAGGAAUGAGCCGGUCGAGCAGGAAAAAAGCUCCAGGCGUCACACGAGGCCUCCGUAAACAGGCUGUUAAAAAAAAAGCUGUUUUUUAAAAACGGGAAACAACCUUAUUUAUGGGAAUGCAGCCAAAUGUCUACUUUAUAUUUAUCUUUGUAGUUUUUACAGCAUUUAAGUGUAAGGCAUAAAUGUAUGUUUACACUACACCUGUCAUUUGAAUAAAAAAUAAUCUGAGACAGAAAAUAUGGGAAAAAGUUUUGAACUUUGUGAAAGAGUCAGACUUCACAGAACGUGAACCUCAGGAGCAGUUUAUUGUGAAAGAUGCAAUAUUUAGCUUAUCUCAACUGAGAUGAGAUUUUUAUUCAGAAUGUUUGAUUUUGAAGUAUGUGAACUGUUUUGUUGUUUGUUGGC